GGCCUCUACUCUUCGACGCAACCAAACUUCUUCACGCUCGCUCACAUCACACACAAUUCGUUUUGCUUUUCUUUUCAAUUCCUGAUUCCUCUUUUACCUAAUUUCCCUUCAUCUUUUUCCGCUUCCUUUUUCUCUCUGUCAUCGCGAUUCUUUGACGGCGAAGAUCGUUUCCUUUUACAGAUCUUUGACAGUUCGUUCUGAAAUCUGCUAGAGAUGGCAAAAGCUGGCGCGUUGGAUCUGGCGUAUGGUGUCGGAGGAAAGAUUGAGAAAGCCGAAGUCCUGUCUGCUGUUGACAAGUAUGAGAAGUAUCACGUUUCUUAUGGAGGUGAUUUGGAAGAGAGAAAAGCCAACUACACCGAUAUGGUUAAUAAAUACUACGAUCUUGUUACCAGCUUUUAUGAAUUUGGCUGGGGGGAGUCUUUCCACUUUGCACCCAGAUGGAAAGGGGAAUCUCUGCAAGAAAGCAUCAAGCGACAUGAGCACUUUCUUGCUUUACAACUUGGUUUGAAGCCUGGACAGAAGGUUUUGGACGUUGGAUGUGGAAUUGGGGGACCUAUGAGGGAAAUUGCUCGAUUCAGCAUGACAUCAAUUAUAGGAUUGAACAACAAUGAGUAUCAAAUAACCAGAGGAAAGGAGCUCAAUCGCAGAACUGGAGUGGAUAAGACUUGCAAUUUUGUCAAGGCCGACUUCAUGAAAAUGCCGUUCCCAGACAAUUCUUUUGAUGCAAUAUAUGCAAUUGAAGCUACUUGCCAUGCUCCGGAUGCUUAUGGAUGUUAUAAAGAAAUCUAUAGAGUGUUGAAGCCAGGCCAAUAUUUUGCUGCGUAUGAGUGGUGCAUGACUGAUGCCUUUGACCCCAGUAAUCAAGAACACCAAAAAAUAAAGGCAGAAAUUGAGCUCGGUGAUGGGCUUCCCGACAUUAGGUUGACCUCAAAGUGUCUUGAAGCUCUAAAGCAAGCAGGAUUUGAGAUCAUCUGGGAAAAAGAUAUUGCGGUCGAUUCUGCUAUCCCUUGGUACUUGCCAUUAGAUACAAAUCACUUCUCGAUGAGUAGUUUCCGUCUGACAUACGUUGGCCGACUUUUCACCAGAAACAUGGUCAAGACUCUGGAGUAUCUCGGACUAGCACCUAAGGGAAGUCUCAGGGUUCAACAAUUUCUAGAAAAGGCUGCGGAGGGACUUGUUGAAGGUGGCAAGAAAGAGAUUUUCACACCAAUGUAUUUCUUUCUGGCACGGAAGCCUCUUUCAGGUAAUUGAGGCCUGCAGGCGCUAGCAUGUUAGAUUUGUAAGUAUAUGCUUACUAAAUAAUAGUCUUUGCUAAAGUGAAUGUUCACCAAUGUAGUUUCUUCACAUUGUUUAGGGCUACUGACCCGCCUCGCUUUCUGUAUUUUCUAUGCUUAAGCAUUUAGUUAACCUCCUGAUUUGGAUACAACCUUCAAACCCUGCGUUAUUUUACUGUUUGUGUUAAUCUCAUUCACUUUCUUGUG